ACCGGGAAUGAAGGCGCUUCACCAGAGCGGUAGUGGAACCGCCCACGCCAGCCGCUCCCGGUAAAAACAACAAGCGUCUUUUUGAUAGGUCACGUGACAGGGAAGCAUAGAAACGGGAGGAAAAAUGGAAAGGCGAUGAAGAACUAGAAAUAAAACAAUCUACGGAAGGAAAACCCUGGAAGAGCACAUCCGCAGCUCUAGAGGUGCAACAAAAAAAACCAACCCAUCCAGUCAUUUAAACCGCCUGUUUUGGUCAGACUGCAUCCUGAUUCAGUCCUCUGCUCUGCGCCUCAGGAGACGGGAUGAAAGGUGGAGAAUCGAUGCCAGAUGUGACUGGAUCAGCGAGUGGAUGUCAUCUGGACAUGAGACAAACACGUGAUUGAAGGUUCUGUAGGGCGUAGAAGAUGAAGCUAAACGAACGCAGCGUGGCGCACUACGCCACCUGUGACUCGCCACCAGACAAGACGGGCUUUCUGUUCAAAAAGGGCGAGCGCAACACGGCAUAUCACCGUCGCUGGUUCGUUCUCAAGGGCAACAUGCUCUUCUACUUUGAAGAGCGAGACAGCAGAGAGCCGAUCGGUGUGAUCGUACUGGAGGGCUGCACCGUGGAGCUGUGCGAGUCCGUGGAGGAGUUCGCCUUCGCCAUCAAGUUCGACUGCGCCAAGGCGAGGGUGUACAAGCUGGCUGCAGAGAACCAGGUCGCCAUGGAGUCAUGGGUGAAAGCUCUCUCUAGGGCCAGCUUUGACUACAUGAGGCUGGUGGUGAAGGAGCUGGAGAGGCAGCUGGAGGAGAUUCAGGAUGCUUCAGGAGCUGGAGGCCAGCAGGGCAGGCAGAAGCCUUCCCGGCGGAAUCAGAUGGCACGAUCCAAAUCUGCCGCAUCCUCCUCUUCGUCGUCUUCAUCUUCCCUUUCUACGUCAUCUAGCGCUCCUUCCAUGUCAGCUGUUUACUCUGCUCAGAAGAGUCUUCAGGAUGAGGUGCAGCUCAUCCCUGGGAAUUCUAGGGAGAAUGGAGUGGCAUGGAGCAAGCCUCCAUCUGCCUCGGCUAACGGAUCUGGGGAGGCGGCGCCGUCCUGCGUGACCUGGGAUGGCAGCACGGACUCUGGGAUCGUCACAGGAUGUGGGGCAGAUGGUGGGAGAGCUCCACCAGUCCCCCUGCGGAGGUUGGGUGCGUCACUUGAGAGCCCGGUCUCUCCCGACACCGGCUGCUUCUCCAAACUCCACGACUGGUACGGCAGGGAGGUGGAGGAGCUGAGAGUGCAGUGGCUGCAGAGCCAGUGAACCGUUCAGUCACUCCCUUUAGACCCGAUGUUCUUCCUAAGCUUUCCAGACAGAACAGAAUGAAACAGUUUGAUGUAGCUGGAUAAACACAGUCUUAUUGUUUCUACAGAAGCAAAACUUUAUUGACUGUCUUCCAUUCUUCUCUAGCAUGAAAUAAUAAUGCAAUAAUGUGUAUGUAAUUUUUUUUUUCAAAUAUCAAACACUUGGUGUUCUGCACUUAAAAACCUCAAAAUUAGCUUUUUUUUUUUUUUACCACAGUUAUCACCCAAAAACUAUAUAUAAAAACACACUACAAAGUAUGCACAGAUUUCCAAAUGCAGACAGUUUUCUACAGCAGUUUCUGCAGAUCAUUUUCAUGCAGUUUUUUUAUUUCCUUCUUUCUUUUAAGUUUUAUAUUAUUAGAAAAAAAAGUCGAUGCAUUAUUAAAAGUAAGAAGUAAUCACUAGAAUCAAUGCAAUAACUUCUUGAGUGUUAUAAAGCAUAAACUUGAUCACGUUACAACCAACGACUUUAAAUAUUUUACUGGUUGGAUCUGUGUUAAGGCAACACAAGGCAUUGCACCACUGAAAAGGAUUUGAUUUUGAGUUUAUAAUUUAAAAAUAACAAUCUUAGAAGUAUUGCAUGCAUAUUUAUUAAACCCUUCAUAGUCAGCUUUCCCAUUCUGCGUUUACAGCUCCAAGACAUUUUUAGGUACAUCUGCCAGUUUUGCACAUCUGGAAACUGAAAUAAUUUCCUUUUCUUCUGUUGCAAAGAUUGUUUUUUGCCAAUCAUGGUAACAAAUGGCAGCAGACG